AUACAAGGUGAAGCAAUUUUCUCAUGUAGUAGGUACGUAAGAGUCUACUUAAUAUCAUAGUUCUCUAUCUUUGGUAUUUUCAAUUUGACAGAAAUUAACGUUCGUUCAGAAAUUAAAAUAAACGUUCUGCUUUUGUUAUUCAGGAGUCCUCCAUUACCACUAUUAUAACAUAAAAUUUUAUAAUUAUGUUGUGAAUUUCGAAUGUGAAUUCUAUAUAUAUAUAUGGCAAUUGCUUACUAAAAUUCAAGAAAAGCUUUUCAAGUAUGUUUUUUGUUAAACUAAAAUUUGACAGCAUAAAAGGGUGCUCGGUGAAUUUGUUGCCUUUUGUUGUAUUAAGUGGAUUCCUUUUUUCACAAAUAAAACAGGUAAAUCGCAACGUGAGUGUGGCAACACCAUAGGGCGGGCGGGAGCGCGGGCGGCUCGCAGGCUGCCCGGCAGUCCGCGAGCGCGGCGCGGCGGCUUCGCUCCGCGACUCCUCGCUCCCGCCGCCCGCCCUCAGGCGUAGGCGCAGGCGGGGCCGGCGUGCAGCGCGCGCAUGGCGCUGCUGUACCGCGCUACGCGGCUGAAGGACCGCGCCGACACGCACGUGUUCACGUUUGUGGUGACGCGCUCGGCCACACGCGAGCCCGACCGCGACGUCACCUCCAAGGACUUCUGCUGCGCACACCAGCGCUGGGCCGUCGCCUUCAGUCGGACAGAUACCGCGCUUGGUGUUUAUCUAGUAUGGCGUGGCGCAUGCGAGGGCAUGCGCGUUUACGUCGAUUUCACUUUCACGUUACUUAGUAGAGACCACUUCACUGCUAAUGAGGGCUUUUCCGGCAAGCAAGUGCGGUUCAGUGCGGGAUGCGCCGCGCAGGGCCGCGGCCGAUGUGUUUCCCUGGCCGAACUUAACACCAAGUUUGCUGAUGCGCGCGGCGAAUUCCAACUUGAACUCAGCAUGUCCCGGGUGCGGACGCUCUACUCUUGCGAGCUCCGUGCGCCUCGAGUCGAUACUCCACCAAUAGCUUUCGCGGGCUUCGAUUGGUCAGUCUCAGCGACGGGAGGCAAUAAAGAACCGAUGUCGCUUCGAUUAGUACGGCUUUCUGGGGAAGGUCAGCGAUGUCGAGUGCGUUAUGCCCUCGCAUUGGGUGAAGGAGAGCGGCGGUUACAUUCGGGGCCUCUCGAAUAUGUGUGCGACGCCGACGGACGAACGCCGCCGUGGAACCCACGUCCUCCUGCCCGUUUCUCGCAUAAAGGUGUGCGUCUUACCGUAGAGCUUAUCUGGGCCAGAGCAUUGGCUGAGUUGGCAGUGCCUGCGGCCGGUCGAGCGGCCACCUGUUACGAUCGUGACAAGCAGGCGUGGGCGGUGCGAUGUGACAUGCACUCGGAGUCGGUGCGUCUACAUAUGCUGUACCGCGACGUACAUCACGUGCCUAGAAACCAUUUGCGUUACGUCAGCUGGUCAGCAUGGUUAGUGCGAGCAGCUCCUGCGCCCGGUGAGCCUGACGCAGAAGAGCUGCCCGGUGCACCCUUCGAGCAUUACUACGCUCAGGAGAGCGCCGACGAAGGCCUCAUGAUGGAAACGGCGUUGCGUGUCGAAGAUGUUUCAAGAUCCGGGUGUCCCUUCUUACAUCCGGGCGGAGAACUUCGUGUGCGCCUCGAAUGGGGCGACACAUACUUGCUCUUCCAAGCUACUUAUCAUGUCUACGAUGACCUUUGUCGUCUACAAGGACAUCAAAUGAGACGCGAGAUCGCCGCCUUGCAGGCGGAGAACUACUCGCUGGAACGGCAGCUGUUCAGCUACCAGAAGAGCCUGGCGUACGCGCAGGCACAGGCUGGUGAGCCGGCGGCGCCGGAAGCGGGCGGGCGGCGCUCGCCUGCUGAGCGCUCGCUCUCCACGGACACUGAGUACGCGUGAGACGGGCUUGUGUUCAACACGCCGUGGCCGCCUUCGAAACGCCCGUUCUCAACUCUUCUAUCUUUUCGACUGAUUCUGACGUUUUUGAGCGAUUUAUCUAUUUUUCUAGACAUUUUAUGGCGAGGUGCGCCCUCGUCCGCACCGCUUUCCGCCGGUCGCCUGCACUCUCGCCGCUCGAAUCUAUCGAUAGCCGAUUAUUAUACUCGACUACUUUUCUAUUUAUCUGUACAUAAAAUAUAUUUAGAUAUUAUAAUAUUAUGUAUAUUCUCAAACUUGAAACUCGAAUUCAUAUACUGCAACAGUCGAUUUACGAAUAAAAGUCCGUAAAAUAUCUAAAA